CAUCCUUGUUGCCAUCAUUAUAAAUCAUGAUCUUUAAUCUUUGUCUCUGCUAUUUUUUUUACCCUUUCCUGGAGUUUUUACUUAGUUUUUCAUGAGAGACACAUUAAGUUUAUAUGUGAACCAGAAAAUUAUGCAAAAGGUGAUAUAAAAUAAUCCACAAAGUUCGUGUUAGUAUAAAAUACGAUUUAUUCAAUAAAGUAACGGAUUAAAAGUGGACAAUUCAAUGGACAAUUCAGUGGACGAUGUCGCAUCAUUUUAUUUAAUGGGUAAACAACUUAUCGACAUGAUCGACAUGGAGUGACAUUUCGGCAGGGGCGGAAAACCUGCUGCAUUUUCGUUGUGGGUUCACCUUGCUAAACAACGAUAAAAGGCACGAUGGCCAAUGUCUCGAUACAGGACAUUGAAUCUGUGGAUGACUAUUGGGGUCCUACAUUCCGCUCAAUCCUCGAGGGCACGGAUCAGGCUUCUCUGUGCGAGCAAAUUGAUGCCCGGAUCCGAAAUCAUGACAAGGACAUUGAAAGAAUUUGCAAUAUCUACUACCAGGGCUUCAUAGAGUCUAUCAGGGAGCUGUUGCAAGUACGGACUCAGACCAAGAACCUCAAUAAUGAAGUGCUGAGUCUCAAUGAGUCACUGGGAGAAGUUUCAUCAGGACUCCUGACCCGUGGGAAGGAACUUGUCCGGGCACGACAAGUUGAGGGCAACAUUGCCAAUGCCAUUCAGAGUCUAACCAAUUGCCUUCCGGUGCUGGAGUGUUUUUCGAAAUUGCUGCGUCAAGUCAAUGAGAAACGAUACUAUCCGGCUCUGAAGACUCUCGAGCAGCUGGAAAAUGAGCAUCUGCCCAAAGUGGCUAAUUAUCGCUUCACAGCUCAGAUGAAGAGUGCUGUGCCGAAGUUGAAGGAGAAGAUAAAGCAAUCUUCCGAGGAGGAUUUCAGGGAGUUUUUGGAGAAUAUUCGGAAGUUUUCGCCGAAGAUUGGGGAAGUGGCUAUGAAUCACACAAGGCAGAUGCAGCGACGGAAUCUGAAGUCGAUCAUUGAGGAGUAUCAGAGCAUGGAGAAGAAUGGAAGUGCAGUGGAUGAGGAGGAUCUCAGUGCCCAGGAUUUGAUAGAUUUCUCUCCGGUCUAUCGAUGCCUCCACAUUUAUACUGUGCUCAAUGAUAAGGAGUACUUUGAGAAUGACUGGAGGAAGCAACGCAGAGAUCAAGCUAAAUUGGUGCUACAGGCGCCACAGACCAUGCACGAUAAUCUCGAUGCGUACAAGACGUACAUUCAUUCCAUUGUUGGAUUUUUCAUUGUGGAGGAUCAUGUAAUGAAUACAGGGGGAGAAAUUGUCACAAGGUCAUAUCUGGAUGAUCUCUGGUCUGCAUCCCUGACUCGAGCUGUCAAUGUGCUCAGCAUGAGUUCAUCCUCAUGCACAGAUCCCAAUAUUUUGUUGCGCAUUAAGAAUCUCAUUAUGCUCAGCAUUACCACGCUCAAGACUUAUGGGUACACGUGCACUCAGCUCUGGGAUUUGCUCCUGGAAAUGCGUGAUCACUACAAUGAAGUCCUCCUGCAGCGAUGGGUCAAUGAAUUUCGCGAGAUUUUGGCUCGUGGAGACUUUUUGCCGUUGGAAGUUGAAGACCAAGAAGAAUACGAUGCAAUACUUGAGAGAUUCCCCUUCCAUUCGGAACAACUCGAAAGUCAGGAGUUUCCCAAAAAGUUCCCAUUUUCCCAAAUGGUGCCUGAAGUCUAUCAUCAAGCCAAGGAGUUCAUGUAUGCCUGUAUGAAGUUCUCAGAAGAACUCUCGCUGUCGCCGAAUGAAGUGGCUGCCAUGGUGAGGAAGGCAGCCAAUCUUCUGCUGACACGAAGUUUUAGUGGAUGCCUCUCGGCUGUUUUCCACAGUCCCAGUUUGGCUCUUAUGCAGGUAAUACAAAUAAUAAUAGAUACGCAGUAUUUGGAGAAGGCUGGACCAUUCCUGGAUGAUUUUGUGUGCAAGAUGACUGGCACAAAGCAAAAUAUCAGUCAAGCACCAUCGGCGAUGUUUCAUGUGGCUCGAGCUGAGGCUGAGAUGCAGGUAUCUGAGAAGCUCUGCUCGAAGCUCGAUGAGUUCUUUGAGGAAUUGGAGGGAUAUGAUUGGUUGCUAGCUGAGCCAAUUGGGCACGGAUCACCCUUUAUCACUGACAUGAUUGCCUUCCUGCAGAGCACUUUUCAGAGUUUCUGCACUCUGUUGCCCAAUGUGGCACAGGGAGCCUGCAAAAAAGCAUGUGAGCAUAUUGCCAAUGCUAUUAGGAAUUUACUGCUAAGCGGAGAUGUUAAGCAAAUAUCCACGGGAGCACUGCAACAGAUCAGUUUGGAUCUGAUGCAGUGCGAAGUAUUUGCGGGCAGUGAUCCGGUGCCGGGAUUGAAGGAGGGUGAACUAAUUAAGUAUUUUGCGGAAUUGCGGCAAUUGCUGGAUCUGCUGCUGAGUGAGGAGUGGAGUGCAUAUUUGCAUGACUAUGGAAAGGAUGAGAAGCGGUAUUCACUGGUGCAGCCAACGACGAUAAUUAUUAUUUUGGAGAAGAUUCGAGAGGCUGACAAGAAGACGAUGUUCAGUGUACUGAAGAAGUCAGAGCGUGACAAGAAGAAACUCCUUGAGACUGUCCUCAAGCAACUCAAACAGUUGGCAGAAAAGCAGAAUUAAUGAAAUUCAUAAGAGUAUUUUAUUUCCAUGCGCCUACAGCCGUCGCAUAGUCGAUUAAAUCAGCACAAGAUUCAUCUCUUGCGGUUCGAUAAGCUGUCUCUCUACCCUUUCUUCACUGGUCGUCCUUGCAAAGUCCUGCAUGCCUAGCGAGAGAUUGCUCUGACUGAGAUAGUGGUUGUUUCAUGACCAAAAAAAAAUAAGGAAAGAGGGAACAAGAGGAGCGUAAUAAUCAAAGUUCUUCUAUUAAAUUAUUAUUUGAGUAAAAGUAUAAUGGAGUUAGUCAUAAAACAAAAUAAGAAUAAAAAAAGGAUAUUCAUCAAUAUUCGUGGUAAUUUUUUUUGUGUGUGUUCUCGUCAGGAUGCAAAAUGACUAUAUAUAUAGAUUUUUUUUACGACCAACUAUGAAAAGUUCAAAUUCAACGCAUUGUAUGAAGGAAAAUAGAGAGUCUUGUGGUAAAAUUAAAAUAUAGCUCUGGCUCUCUUAUUAAUUUUGGAUUAUUACCCCCUAGUUUAUUGUUUUAUGUACUAUGAGAAUAAUUUAAUAUUUUAUUAACAUACUAAAGUUUUCUGUUGCGGUCAUAACCCAGGUUAAAUCUGGCUAUAUCUUAAAAUAUUUGUAUUAUUAUUUGUAUAACUAUUGUUGAAUAAAUGAAACCAAUACGUAAA